UGAAACUAAAUCUCGUGACGUCUUCUCGGCUAUACAAACCCGAGUCCUCGCUUCCCGAAUACCCAUUUCACCGCUGCGCCUUUCUAGGGUUUCGUCCUCCUCCGGCUCUUCACUUGCGUCGCUAUUCGCCAUCAUGCCUCGCCGAAGCUCUGGUGGUCGUUCAGCCCCUCGUGCUGCUCGACGUCCUGCUCCUGUGAGGAACCCACCCCAACCUGCACGUCAAGCUCCGCCUCCAGCUCCUGUUCAGGGUGGUGGAUCUAUCCUGGGGGGAAUUGGAUCCACCAUCGCUCAAGGUGUGGCAUUUGGCACGGGGAGUGCCGUUGCUCAUAGGGCAGUCGAUGCUGUUAUGGGGCCUCGCACCUUCCAGCAUGAGACCAUUGCAUCCGAAGCUCCUACUGCAGCAGCACCUGCCAACCCAGUGAAUUAUUCUGGCACAGAUGCAUGCAGCAUCCACUCGAAGGCUUUCCAGGAUUGCAUCAACAACUAUGGCAGUGACAUCAGCAAGUGCCAGUUCUACUUGGACAUGCUGAACGAGUGCCGCAGAGGAUCUGGUGCCGCUUGAUCUCUUAUUAUUUCAGACUUGAUGAUCUAACAAUAAUAAACCCUGGUGUCAAGAAAUGACUUGCAACUUACUUUGUCUUACUUAGUAUGGUCAAUAAUAAUAAAUCCACUACUUUGUUUCAAG